CACAAACCAAAAGUCUUCUUGUCCUUCGCGUAGGGAAACGCGUAAAGUAGCCAAUUGCCUCUGAGGUCCUCCCUUUCCAGUUUUGCAUUCCUCUACCUUUCCUCUCACAUCCCCCACUACCCCCACCAUGGCCGCCGACAAGCCCAACUGCAAGGUGGUCCUCGCGAACAACAUCGCGAAAGGCCUUCUGGGGGAAAUCCAGGACGGUCUGAAGACACUCGAGCGCAAGCCGCUUCUUGUAGGCUUCCUCUCCAGCAGCGAUCCCGCUGCGAGGGUGUAUGCAGAAUGGACAGGCAAGACGUGCAGUGAGAAUGGCUUUGCCUACGAAUUGCGCGAAGUCGACCGCGAGGAGCUCGAAGACGCUCUGAUCGAUGCCAACAAUGACUCGAAGGUCGACGGUAUCAUGGUCUACUACCCAAUCUUCGGCAACAGGCAAGACCAGUACCUGCAGCAAAUUGUCUCCGCCGACAAGGAUGUUGAGGGUUUGUCCCACCAGUACAUCUUCAACAUGUACCAGAACAUUCGCUUCCUCGAUCCUGCCGGCACCAAGAAGAGCAUCCUGCCCUGCACACCGCUCGCCGUCAUCAAAAUCCUUGAGUACCUUAGGAUCUACAACACUAUCCUCGCGUACGGAAACAGACUGCAUGGGCGCACCAUCACCGUUAUCAACCGAAGUGAGGUUGUGGGCCGACCAUUGGCUGCUUUGCUGGCCAACGACGGUGCGACUGUAUACAGCGUGGAUAUUGCAGAUGUGCAAGAGUUCACACGAGGUGAAGGUAUCAGGAAGAAGAAGCACGAUGUUGUGGAGAAGCCUGGCUGGGAACUCAAGGACUGCCUUCCCAUCAGUGAUGUGGUCAUCAGCGGUGUACCUGGAGAAAAGUACAAGGUGCCAGCGCACCUCCUGAAGGACGGCGCUGUGUGCAUCAACUUCUCGAGUGAGCGCAACUUCAACCCUGAUGUGAAGGAGAAGGCUUCUAUCUAUGUGCCUGCGAUUGGCAAGGUUACUAUCGCAGUCCUGUUGCGAAACUUGCUCCGUCUUGCGCAGAACAAGGUUGAGGCAGUGGCAGCAACUCAGGCCACACAGGCCACGCAGUCCGUUGAGGACGAGAAUAAGUCCUCCGAAGAGAGCGCCGUCCCGGUGUUGGCUUCGUAAAAGCUUGCUACUGACAUAUUUCCCUACUUGCGUUUCUGAUACCCUAUAGAAGGCUUUACGGCCGUGCAAAAUCGAC